AUGGAGAGGCUGUCUCCUGCAGCUACAAAGACAAUGAUCAGUGUACAACGGAUGUCCAUUGUUUUUUUGGUGAUCCACCUCUGUUUUACAGUGGCUGCUUCGGGACAACAGCUGCAACAGGACCAGAUUUUAAAGACUAGGAAAGAGAAACAGAGUGUCUCCUUCAGCUGCAAAGUUACUGGUUCGUGUUUUGGUAACACAGUCCACUGGUACCAGAAGGGAGAGGGUAAACCCUUCUCUCAGAUUUUAUACAAAGUUUUAAAUGCCAAUUCUUUCACCCGUGAUAACACUCAUCCUCAGACAGCAGAUUUCUCUGCCAUGGGUAAGUCUGACUCCAGUGAGCUGAAGAUCCAGUCAGUUAAAGUGUCCCAUUCUGCCACCUACUACUGUGCCUGCUGGGACUCGUCAACCCACAUAGCUGCUUCAGGACAACGGCUGCAAAAGGACUCGAUAUCAAAGACUAGGAGAGAGAAAGAGAGCGUCUCCUUCGACUGCAAAGUUACUGGUCGGUGUGGUAACCUGGUCCACUGGCUCGAAUUUGGCUCUGGCACGACACUUUAUGUGACAGACGGCAUUCAACGAAAACCCAAAGUGACGCUGUACUCAGCGUCCAACUCUGAGUCGAAUGAGAAGACCACCCUGCUAUGUCUGGCUAGAGACAUGUUUCCAGACUUGGUCAAGAUCUCAUGGAAGAUUGAGGAAGCAAACGGCGGAAGAACGGAGGUGCCCAAAGCAGAGAGGGAACAGCUGGAGCAGAGGGAGGAAGAACAGACGACCAGUAUGAUCAUCAUUGAUAAAGAGAAUACGUACAGGAACAAAUACAUCUGUUCUGUGGAGCAUGAAUGGGGUGCUCAACAUUUUGACAUCCCAAAAGAUACUCCAACCACCAUCUCUGCACCAGCGUUCAGAAAUGACACGCAGGAGUCACUGACUCUGCAGUGUACCGAAGAUUCCUUCCAGUCAACGUGCAGUCUGAACCUGGCCUCUCUGGUUUACACAGUGAUGAUAGUGAAAAGCAUGGUGUACUGCUGUGGGCUCUCUCUCCUGCUGCACAACAGGAUCCUGGGAAGAGGACCCAGCAUCUGAAGACCUAUAUGAGGAAAAUAAUUUAUGUGCUUUUUUACAUUGAUACAAUGUUGUUGUUGUUUUUUUUUUUUUUUUUACAUUGAUACAGCUUGCAUGACAUUUUCCUUGCCUAACACAGCCGGCUCAAAUUAACCAAGUUGCUCAAAAUAACCAUAUUAUUUCAGAAGAGGAUGCCUUUGUGAACAAAAUGUUGCAACAACAAUGGAUCUGUAAAUGAUUGUAAAAUACAUUUUUACAGUUCCGUGCUGUUUUCGGUGAAAAAAGGUUACUUAAAACCCCCAAAAUAUUGCAUCUCUUUACUAUAAGAUCAUCUAUUCAUAUUUGGGAAAAUGUUAUUUAAUUUAAUCUCAUCAGAAGCGGAACAAUAAGAUUGUAGGUUCACCAAUGAUCUGUUUUCAACUUGUUUGCUUCAAUGUGCAUGUUCCCGACGCAGAUGUUGAGCCUAGACUUAAUAGUGGUGGGAUAAUAUGGUUCAUGUUUCUUUGGUGUUCCAAGGACAUGUGAAACGGUAGUUACUGGAAACAAGAUAUAGCUAGCUGCAGAACCACAGCUUGAGUGUGUGAAGAGAUGGUUAUCCAAAGCUGCUGGAUGAUUCACUUGGCCUUGAUCUGUUUUUACCUCUAGUAGUGGGUUCACAGCUCUUGCCAUCAAAUUGAAGAAUAUGAUAGCGAUGGCAGACGAGUCCGUAAUGGUAGUUUAUGGUUCUUGCAUUUGUAGAAUUAUAGUUCUAUGGCAAAACAAACUUUUUACACUUUUGUUUAUGUGUACGUUUUACCUUGAAACAAUCAAAUGAAAUUAAAUCAAGGUUGGAGAGUUUAAUUUGUUUUUAACAUAUAUAUUUUGCAAGGAAAUGAACAUUGUUAUCAAGAGAAGUAUUUUCCAUGUUAUUGUCAUGUUAUUACCAUUUAUUCUGUGCUUCAAUGUAAAAGUGCUACCGAAAUGUCUUAUUAAUUGUUUUCUUAUCUCUACAUCGAAACCAUGAAAUAACACAUAUGGAAUCACAUAGUAACCAAAAAAAUGUUAAAUAAAUAUAUUUGAGAUUUGAGAUUCUUCAAA